CAUCUCUGUUUCACCUUUUUUUUUUCUUUUUCUUCUUCUUUUAUUUAAUCUAAAAUUGAAAAUGUUGUUGGAUUCAUUGUUCAUUCUAGGGUUUUUUUUUAAAAUUUCUCUAUUUAAUCACCACUUCUCUCUUUCGUUAUAUAGAGAGAUAAAGAAAGCAGCCGACACAUGUAUGCUUUGCAUGAAAGAGAGAGAGAACUCUAGCACAUAUGAAUUGUCCCAACUCUCAACUUCAAAAGGUGAGUCAAAGUUAUGCAGAUUGCACUUGAAUCCAUGGAAUAAGAUUGGUUUUGUGGCGAAAAGUUUGGAGUUGAUGUGCUCAAACUCUUGGGCAUUAUAGUUUCUAUGUAAGUUAUGUGAAUAAAUAUAUGAUUCUAAGGUCUCUUAUAUAUAGAUGUGUGAAUUCAAAGAGGGAUAAUCACUUAAAGAUAAGUGGAAGCGAUUGAAGCUUAUGUGGUUUAAUAUGACUGAGUAUAGCUUAUCUCCGAUUGUUGUGGUGAAGAAAUGAUUAGUGUGUAGCAAAGAAAAUUAUUCUACCACUAAAUUCCAGUUGGGUCUUGACUAAUAUGUUAGUUGAAUAAUGGAAAUUUGGAAUAGUCAAAUGAUCAGGUAAGGGAUGGCUGCCCUUAAUUUAGCUAGAGUUUUGUAAAAUAAUCAUAAAACCUUCAAGAACUGGUUGUAGUUAAUUUAAUUUAUAAUGUUUCGUGUUAUCUAGUUAUUUUAUUAGUUCAUUCAUCGCAGAAUCAAUUUUCAAAAAUGUGAGUAUUUUUUUCGCUUUGGUAUCUAUGUUGUUGGAAUAAGAUGAUACAAUUUGAGCAUUUGAUCUCUCUCCCUCUACAUAUGUGUGUGUGCUGUAAUCUCUAUAUAUGCAUAUACAGUUGUUGAUGUUUUUGCUUGGUAUGAUGACUCACAUAUUUGUUAAAAGGAUGUGGAUGUAUAUUUUGUUUUCUUGUAUAUUUGUUCAAAGGACUGAAACCAUGUGUAUCUUUUGGAAUAAUGUGUUAUGGAAAAAGUCUUGUCGUU